AUGCGCGCGGCCGUCAGCCCGACCCCGCGGGAAAGCGUCGUGGAGCGUUUGGAUGGACGCGGUGGUCCGGUGGCGGAGAUGUCCGAGUUGCCGGGAGGCGGCAGUGUCCCCGCGAGGGGCAUCCGCGACGUGCUGCAGGCCGGCGUAGGCGGCCGGAGCCGGGCCCGGGAGGCCCGGGAGGCCCGGGAGGGCGCGCUGGCCGGAGCUGCCAGGCCCGUGGUGCGCGCGCCGGGCCCCGCGGCCGGCCCGGAGCCCGUGUCCAUCAUGGGCAGCGUGGCCGAGCCGCUCGGCCCCCUGGCCACGCACGAGCAGCAGCAGCAGCAGCAGCAGCUGUUCCGCCAGUACCUGGAUGACUGCUCGCUCAUCCCGGCGCGUUUGCUGCGUGACAUCGAGGAGCGCCGCCGGCUGUUCGUGGAGGGCUGCAGGGCGCGCGAGGCGGCCUUCGACGCCGACCCGCCGCCCAUGGACUCGGCGGCCGCCGCCUUCACCGUGGCCCUGGGCGCCUCGGACGACUGA